UUUGAGGAGGUAGCUGUCCAUUUCACAAAAACAGAAUGGACUCUGUUAGGCCCGAAAGAAAGAGAGCUGUACAGGGACGUCAUGUUGAAGACCUACGAGAAUAUGGCGUUCGUGGGACUUUCUUCUUCAAAGCCAGAUCUAAUCUCCUGUUUACAGCAAGGGAAAAUCCUAUUGGAAUCCGAUCAACAAAGAGAGUUCCCUUUUCCAUCCUGCACAGGACCUGAGCAAGUGAGUGAGAAUGAAGAGACAUCCAUGCAGUCCAUUCAGUUUUGGCCAGGAGACAGGAGGCAGCAAAGAAAACAUAGGAGGAAGCAAAAGGAAGAAAAGUCCAUUCCGAGCAAGAAAAGUCAAAUCCAAGGGAAUAAGAGUCUGAAGGACUCUUCUGCUUCCAACGUGUCUAACAAGAGAUCCGACAAAUGUUCAAUCUGUGACAAAACCUUCUCCACUAAUGCUUAUCUUCCCAUUCAUAUGCGCUGCCAUACAGGAGAGAGGCCUUACAGAUGCUCAGAGUGCGGGAAGAGUUUCGCUUGCUCUUCAAACCUAUUUUCUCAUAGGAAAAGCCACACUCAAGAGAAACCCUAUUCAUGCUCAGAGUGUGGGAAAUGUUUUAUACGGAACUCAAACCUUCAAACGCACCAACGCACCCACACCGGGGAGAAACCCUAUGCAUGUACUUAUUGUGGGAAGAAGUUCAAGACCAGAAGACAAGUGAACAGACAUGAAAGAAUCCACCGAGACGAGAGACCCUUCACUUGCUCAGAAUGUGGAAGCAGUUUUCGUACUGAAGGAAAUCAUCAGAGACACAAGAAAACUCACGGGGGAGAGAAAUUACAUCGAUGUUCAGAUUGUGGAAAAAAUUUCCGCAGUGAUUCAUAUCUGAAGCUGCACCAAAGGAUCCAUACUGGCGAGAGACCUUAUCACUGUUCAUUCUGCAGUAAAAAAUUUACCUUCAGUUCAGUUCUUGCGAUGCAUAAGAAAAUCCACACUGGAGAAAAACGUUAUAAAUGUCAAGAAUGUGGUAAAGCUUUCAGGAGAAAAUUCUCCCUUGAUAAACACAUGGAACGGUAUAAACAUUAAUGCUCAGAUGGUGGGAAAAAUGUUUGGCCAACUUGCACACCUACAGCUGCAUAAAAGGAAAACAUACUGGUGAAAAACCAUUCGAAUGCUUGCAUUGUUUAAAAAGUUUUGAUUGUAGAUCUUUGCUAAUGAUUCA